UCGGUGUCGGUCCGUCCUAGCCAAUGAUCAAACGUGUUUUUCCUCUUCCUCUAUUCCGUCGCUCUCUCUUUCUUUUACUCCUCCGGCAGCUCAGUCUGCCUGAAGAACUUGAGUGUAGCAGAAUAAGUGUGAGCGCAUGCACGAGGAUGAUGAGGAUGAUGGAUGCAAUACCGUGUCGUCUCGUGUUUUUAGCUCUGUUCUUUGGAGCCAGGAUCCAACACACAGAAGCCUUACAAUGCCACUGUCACCGGUGCCCGAACCGCACCUGUGCCACAAAUGGCCUGUGCUACGUUUCCAUCACCAAAACGCCCAGCGUCACCACGAAGCAGAGCUUGUGUAUCAGUGAGCCGGAGCUGAUCCCACGAGACCGGCCCUUCAUUUGCGCACCAUCCACCAAGGACGAUACUGGGAUUUUCCCAUUGUGCUGUGACACAGACUGGUGCAACACGGAACCGGACCUCUCAUUAAUCCCAGUGCCAACACAGAUGCCGCAACCUUUGGGGCCGAUGGCGUUUGCGGCUCUGAUCGCAGGCCCCGUGUGCAUAGUGUGCUUCAUGAUGGUCACCGUGUUCUACAUCUGCCACACCCGCUCGGUCAUCCACCACCGCGUGCCUAAUGAGGAAGAUCCCAACAUGGACCACCCCUUCAUCAACGUGGGAACAACGCUUAAAGACCUCAUCUACGACAUGACCACGUCAGGGUCGGGCUCCGGUCUGCCUCUGUUGGUGCAGAGGACCAUAGCGAGAACCAUCAUCCUACAGGAAAGCAUCGGCAAGGGUCGCUUUGGUGAGGUGUGGAGGGGGAAGUGGAGAGGAGAAGAGGUGGCAGUCAAGAUCUUCUCCUCCAGAGAGGAACGGUCCUGGUUUCGGGAAGCAGAGAUUUACCAGACCGUCAUGCUUCGCCACGAGAAUAUUCUGGGCUUCAUCGCCGCUGACAACAAAGACAAUGGAACAUGGACCCAGCUGUGGCUGGUUUCAGACUACCAUGAGCACGGCUCGCUCUUCGACUACUUGAAUCGCUAUACAGUGACCGUGGAGGGUAUGAUCAAGCUGUCUCUGUCCACUGCCAGCGGCCUGGCUCACCUGCACAUGGAGAUUGUCGGAACACAAGGAAAGCCUGCUAUCGCCCACAGGGAUUUAAAAUCAAAGAACAUUCUAGUCAAGAAGAACGGCACAUGCUGUAUCGCAGACCUGGGCUUGGCUGUGCGACACGACUCCGCCACAGAUACCAUCGACAUCGCCCCCAAUCACAGAGUGGGCACCAAAAGGUAUAUGGCUCCAGAGGUGCUUGAUGAUUCCAUAAAUAUGAAGCAUUUUGAGCCUUUUAAAAGGGCAGACAUCUACGCUAUGGGUCUGGUCUUCUGGGAAAUUGCAAGCAGAUGUUCAGUUGGAGGCAUUCAUGAAGACUACCAGCUGCCAUACUAUGAUCUGGUGCAGUCCGACCCCUCGGUGGAGGACAUGAGGAAAGUGGUGUGCGAACAAAAAUUACGGCCGAACAUUCCAAACAGGUGGCAGAGCUGUGAGGCUCUACGGGUCAUGGCCAAGAUCAUGAGAGAAUGCUGGUACGCCAACGGAGCCGCCCGUCUCACGGCCCUGCGCAUCAAAAAGACCCUGUCCCAGCUCAGCCAGCAGGAGGGAAUUAAAAUGUAGGCCAGUCGGCACGGGACAUCUCUCGACUUGCCGUUUCAAACAUUGACGCUGAUUACACUGGUUAUCGGUACCUUUAUCACUAUCCUUUAUUAUCGCAUCACACUCUGUUCUCAAAAGAGGACGUGAGCACUUUGAAUGACGUUUGCCGUUUGUUUUCGCAUCUUUCCACUCGGUCUUAAACACCGGCGGGCGUGGACUUCGCAGCGCCCACGAUGUAAUAACCCAAAACCUCUGGUAGGGAAACAUUGAUAGGCUGACCCUGAGGAUCAUGGGAAAUUACGUUUAAGUGCGAGCACAGCACCGGAUUCCAGCAUGGCAGUUACUUAGCCUCUUGGGUGCUGGGUUAACAGAAGAAGGAUUUUUUAUAUUUAUACACGUUUGCCUGCGGCUGGAUAGAUUCGAAGUUUUGUUCUUUUUCUCCCAUGGAGGUCUGACUAUUUGAGUUCUGUGGGACCUUAUUUUUGCACCUUGUAUUUUCUUUCUGCAUAUCACUGCUGUUCUUCAGGUCAGGUACAUGUUUUUCACGUUGUGUGGGUCUUCUUUUAUUUGUUGCAAAACAAAACUGGACACGACCUCAUUCAGUCUAGGCGAACAUGCUGUGACAUAUGCAAUAUAGAGAAAAGUUAUCGACUUUAUAUUUUUACUGCUCUGCUACAACAACUUCAACUACGAUGACAACCAUGCCUUCCAAGCCAGGUGUUACCAGAAAGUGCCACUGCUUUGAACCAACCCACCCUCACGGUGUGAGCCGGCCCCUUUCGGUCGCCGUCGGUCUAAACGUAUCCGUGAAGGUUCUUCAGGAGUCUCUUAUGCACACGGAGCAAAAGGGGCCACCACACUGGAAUUCUGCUGGUGCCAUUCUUUAUCAUUUCUGCCUCUUCAUCGUCUUCAUCGAUGCAGCACCGAGGGAUGUAACAACCAUCCAGACCUCUUCUCAUUUUACCGAUUCUGUUUUACGGACAACAUGAAAAAGCUGCACAUGGUGAGCCAAUGACUGACCCGAGUACUCUGUUGGUGCUGCGAUUGGACACCUGUCUUUGUACUUUCGUUUGAUUGGUCUGAGCGGAGAUCCGUGGAAGCGUGGGCCAGUAUGUUUCAGCACAGGAGCUUCAUCUACAUCAAGGAACUGUAGCUUGAUGCAAAAAAAGUCUGGCAAUGGACAACAUGACCACCAGACUGCUGAAUGGUUGGCUUUUGAGAAACAAGCACGGAACAUUAAAAGUAAAAUGUAAUUGCAUUAAAAAAAGCAUUAAACACAGGUUCUCAAUGAUUAGAAUGUUAGACACUUGCGUUCUCGGUGUAUAAAGACGGUACAGUACAUUCAGAUAAAUAUAGCAAAUGGAUAUUCACUAAGCCAUAGGUUUUCUAGCAGAAUGUAAAAAAGGAAAUCAAUUCAAAGACUGCUAAACAUUUUGAGCUUAAGGGACCAAUCGAACAAGUCGAGGUUGUUUUGUUUUGUUGUAAAACGGUGUGUUUGGUUUGAGGUCAAUGCUGUAUGUAACAGAGUACAUAAAUGUAGCACCAGUUUAUGUGUCUCUAUGGAGGUGAGCCGGACAAACCCGCUGUCUCAAGUGUCAAAGCUGGAUGAUAUUUAAUAGCGUUUUUUUUCCAUGAAUGAAGACCGAAACGGCGCUCUUAACUUGACUCAACAAGAUUCUGUUGUCUUUAUUUUCGAAAGGUAUCCAUUUCUUGUGUUAUCAUCCCUUCUUUAGCUUUGAAUGGAAUCUAUCACCAGUGGCUUUGUUUUCAGAUUUAUUUAUAAUAGAUAAAGACUGUUAGUUUUCUUUCAGUUUGCUUUAGCAGUAAGGUUUGUUAUCUUUGCUGGUCAAGUUUUGGUCUUGUGUCUGCUGCUGUGCAUUGCAAGUUUCUCUGCUGGAGCAGGUGAAGGACACACGAGUUUCUAUUUUCAGAAGAAGCAAAAAGCCCUGAUUGUAUUUUGAAAUUUUCUUUGCAUCCAUUUUGUUUACGUAGGACAUUUCUUUUAAAUAUGUUUUCCCCUUGUGAGUAUAAUUUAUUGAAUGAAACCACAGAUGUGAUCGUUAAUGUUGUGUCAAGUCUUUCAAAAUGAACACAAUUACGUGUUAUGACUUUAAAGGAACAGUUCACCUAAAAAUGAAAAUUCUGUUUUCAUUUACUCGCCCGCAAGUUGGUCCAAAUGUGUCUAAAUUUCUCGAUGAACCGGGAGAAAGAUAUUUGGAAAAAUGCUUGUAACUAAACAGAUCUGGGCCACCAUUGACUACCAUAGAAGGAAAAAUUGCUUUAUAAAUUUCUUUAUUCUGUUGAAGAUAUUUAGAGGAAUGUAGGAAAGCAAACCGUUCUGGUGCACUUUUGACUGCCAUUAUAUUUUUCCUACUAUGGGAGUCAAUGGUGACUAAGAACUGUUUGGUCAUAAGCAUUCUUUAAAAUAUCUUUCUCUGUGUUCAACCAAACAAAGAAAUUUCCAGAUCUGGAACAACUCGAGGGUAACCGACGAUAACCGAAUGUUUAUUUGUGGGGUGAACCGUCCCUUUAAAGGCUUGUUUGAACCGACAUUGUUAAGGGUGCCAGUCGCUUGUAUUGAAAGUAUUACGGUGUGUUACUGCUCGAUCAUCGGACGCUGUCACUCGGAGACCCAAUGAGAUGUUCAUACAGUAAAUGACUCCUACAUGUUGAAAAUUCCUGAAUGAAGUACUUUUCUAACGUGUGGAUAGGAAGUAUUGUCUAUAAAUAAUGUGUAAAUGUACAUAAAUAUGUAUGUAUGUAUGUGUCUGGCUGGUCGCUUCACGCCUUGUACAGAGUUUAAUGGAAAAAUUGAAUUGAGGAGAUUAAAGUGUAAAUUAAACCCAAUUGCAAAGUAAAGCAAUGAACGUUAAUGUCAGAGGAGGACGUAAGCUAAAAGGGAAAAUCCGUUUUUAAAGUUAAUAUGGUUUCAGGGAAUGUAACUGGGGAAGCAAUUGGCGUCAGUCAUGAUGUUGACACAUGACACAUCGCCGGCAGCAUUUAGUUUUACAUGUUAAAAAACGUUUCUUUAUAUCAUGCAGUUUUCCUGUAACCUAUGAAGGCCAGCUAUAACUUGACUGAAAAACCAUACCGUUGCACUUCUGGUUCCACGCGAACGGGCGAGGCCCCAAGGCGCCUUUUAAACAGUCCAUUCCUAUUUAGUGUAGCUCAGUUUUUCUACUUGUCAGAAUUUAGAGAAUGGGCUAUUUGAGACGCACUUGACGUCUCGUCCUCUAGCAGCUAACAUCUCUGUCGAACAUCUGUGCCUCCUCCAAACUCAUUUGCAGCGUUGGGUUAACGGGAAGGGUUCAUUGAAGGUGGCCGUGUUUUCAGUAGCAGAAACGUUGCGUCGGGUCCCCUUAUUUGAGCCAGACUCCAGAACUUUUGGUUAGUAAUUCUAAACCUGCGAUGGCGAAUUAUGCAAAUGUUUCACACUAUGACGCACAAACUUGUUUUAUUACACACUGUCAGGAACUUAUCCUAUAAGUUAUCACGAUACUGUUGGGCCUAGAUGUAAAUGUCUCGUGUGACAGACGUGAAUGUUAACAGCUCAACAUUCCCACAUACAGCACAAUUUACAUCAUUUAUUUUUAGGUCACCAGUAUGCCAUUUUUUUUUUUUAAGAGGGUGUCGUGAAAAUACACGGGUCUUUUACUUGUUUAUGCAAAUUUACAGGGUCACGCAGACCUCAGGCUCUCCGCUAGCAAUCGCUUUUUUUUGUUUGAUUGUACUGCUAUGCCAAUAUCCGGACACUGUGAGAAAGGCCCUUGUCGGACGGUGACCCGGCAGCACCAAAAAUGACGUUCAGUUUGCUGGCCAGCGAGGAUUUGAUACAAACGUGUUGGAAUAAAAGCACAGAGCAUUUCAUUUAAAGGAACAUGAAGUCUGGGUCAUUUAAGGGGAGCGGUGAGAUAAGAAGUUACCCAUGGUGCAUUGUUCUUGGUCAGCGUGUGUGGCUGCUGAUAGGUUGUGGGAUGGUGACGUAAAGCUUUAUCGUGUUGUAUUUGGUGCCUAAGUUUGACAUGUUUUUUUUUUGUAUUCCACUGAGAAUGGUGCACUGCAUGGGACUUAUUUCUAAGGGUUGCAUCAUCUGUUUUUAAAAAAAAGAGAUAUUUAAAGAAGAAAAAAAAGAGAUAUAAUUUCAAUACAUUUUAAAAAGGUCAAAACGUCAUGAGAAAAAAUACCUCCUCUGAAGACCAAUGUGUUUUUACCUCACUGUACUGUAUAUAUUUGAUUUGUUUACUUUUUGUUCUUUUAAUGCUAAAAGUGACAUUUUAUGUCCGUGGUACUUGUCAAUAGUGUCGUAUUAUUGUCCAGACAGUAUAUAUUCCUUCUUUAAACCAUUGUUUGGUUUGAUUUUUUUCGUUUGUUCUGUAUGGAUUACAAGUGCUUUAUGAUGUCAUACUAUAUCCUUUAAUGCCUCCUCCUCAGCUGUAUAGGAAAUGCCUUGUACUGUUUCUUUUCCAAAAAAAUAAAUAAAAAAAGUUGGAUAA